UCCAACAAUCUAUUUAUUCUUCUAGGUGACGGAACGGGAGCUGACGAGCAAACAGCUGUGGCUAUUGCCAGCGUUCAACAGGCCACCGCAUUUGCAGAUCACAACAUCCAAUACCAGUUCCGCACAGAAAACAGUGGCGGGCAGGUAACAUACAGAGUGGUGCAGGUGACAGAUGGACAGCUGGACGGCCAAACAGACACUACUGGAGCAGUCAGCGUUGUUUCCACUGCAGCAUUUACAGGGGGACAGCAGGCCGUUGCGCAGGUGGCAGUGAUCCAGAACCCUUUUAGUAAUGGUGGCAGCCCUGCAACAGACAGUGGAGAGACAAGGUUUGCAUACUUCCCUGCAUCCACAGUUGGUGAUGGCACAGCCACUGCAGUUUCGGUGCAGACUGCAGACCAAACGUUGGCACAGGCUGGAGGGCAAUUCUACGUGAUGAUGACACCGCCAGAUGUUCUACAGUCUGGCACACAGAGAACCAUUGCACCCAGAACGCACCCCUAUUCUCCGAAGAUGGACGGCCCAAGAACACCUAGAGAUGAAAGGAGGAGAGCACAACACAAUGAAGUUGAAAGACGACGGAGAGACAAAAUAAACAAUUGGAUUGUGACCUUGUCUAAGAUCAUUCCAGAAUGCAACACUGACAACAGCAAGACUGGAGCUAGUAAAGGAGGUAUCCUGUCCAAAGCGUGCGACUACAUUAGGGAGCUGAGACAAACCAACCAGAGACUUCAGGAAAGCUUCAAGGAAGUGGAAAGAGUCCAGGUGGACAAUGAGCUCCUCAGGCAGCAGGUAGAAGAAAUGAAAAAUGAAAAUGCACUUCUCCGAGCUCAGCUACAGCAGCAUGGAAUUGAAAUAGUGGGAGAGUCUACUGGACAAUAACUAUCAACAGGUCAAGGAGAAAAUGACUCGCUGAGAUCCGCCCCACUCCCUUUAUGCUGCGUGAAGUCUUGCAACACCACGUAUUUCAAGAGGAGAUAAAAGAGAGGAGAGAGAGAAAUAAAAGGCCCCAAAUUCCAGUGUCAUUAGCCUUUCAUUCAGAAAGUGAUAUCUGAAGCUGACUUUAAAUAUUUGGAUUAUGGGUGGUGCUGUUGGCAAAGAAAUCUGAUUGAUGUGCUUGGUGAGUGUAGGUUGGGGCAAUUUUAUGUCCCAAAUCAGUUAAAUGCUGUUAAGACGGCCCCAUCCUAGUGGUUGGAUGUUUACUAUAAAUUAUAAUAUUUGAAUGUAGGUUGCAGCAUUGUCACUAUACUGCCAAUGAAGGAGCUGUUGUGGUUGAAGAAGUACAAUUGGCUAGUCUUCCUAGUGCAAAUUAUCUGCAACAAGAUAUUGAUGCAGAAGUUAAAGGCUAAAGUUAAAGUAAACCCCCCCCUCCCCAACCGUGGAUUUUUACCACUUUAGUAAAGUGUAACUGGUGCUCUUCGUCAUGAAACCAGAGCAGGAUGGUCUGCAGUGUUAGGUAGAGUUUUUAAUAUCACAUUUAAGAAAUGAAAUGGAAUGGCUGGUGCUUGAUUGGAAUCAAAAGCCAUAAUAGUAAAGAUGAAGUGAAGGUUGAAAAGGAGCAUCGUACGUGCUUUAAAAAAAAGUACAUCAGUUUAGAGCUUUACGUGAAUGACGUUGAAAAUAAAGUAACAAAACGUCAUUUUUGCAAAGAGGAAGUUGCCAGACUGAUAAAGAGAACAAUGUGCCUCACAAGCAGAUCGGUGACCCUUUCUGCCUCUUUUCCUGCUCGCUUUUCUAUGUGUACAGAAUGACUAAUUAUAAGUUUUAUAUUUAUGGUAUUAUGUUGUUGUUGAUAUUUGUGGAUGUAGAAAAGUGCAGAAAUUCAAACCUCGCCGCACCUUCAGCAAAAUUUUCUUUCCCAGACAUUGUAAAUCGCCAGAAAUCAUUUUAGCAGUAAAUAUAAUCAUGUUGAUAUAUAAAAAACGACAAUUUAAAAAAAUAAAGUGUAUUUGCUGCUGCAACAUUUGAUGAUGUAUAGCACACUGCAUGCAGCACGUCUCAUCUCCACCAUUGUAAAUUGAGCCAGUUGUGAGGGAUUUGGAUAAUGUGUAGAAUUAGUCAUGUUUUGAUGUAUAUCUGUGUCUUUCAUUACAUUUUGUACAUAUUUACUAAACAAAAUAACUGAAGUGUGAAUAGUUGAGUCUGAGUGAUCCUAAGAACAUCUUUGUACAGAAUCCCCAAAUAUAAGAUGAACAAUAAACCAGCCAUUCCUUUUGUAGUCAAUGAAAGCCUUAAAGCGGACACAGAGGUGUAUGUCUUAGGGAGGAACAGUUGGUCACAAACACUGCAGACGUCAGUCUUCUAUUUCCCUUUCACUUCAUUUUAUGUUAUAUUAGUUUUCUUGUGCACAAAUAUAGUAAAUAUUUACAAAGAAGAAAUACCUCCCCCCCCCAACCCUGUGGCCCACCUUUCAUCAGCUUCAUCACUAUAACAAAUGUACUGAGUUUUAAUGUGAUCUGUGUUAGUAGUUUAUGUGUAAACAUUACAAAAUCAAGUUAACAUAUAAAGAUUUUAAAGUUUAUGUUUUGAGAGGCUUACCUUUACCUUGGGCAACAUUAAUAACCCGGUUGGCUCUUGGAAACCCAGCUGCUUGCUUGAAUAGAAAACGAACAUUAAAUGAAGACCUUAAGGAUGCGUAGAAAGUAACAAAUCAAUAUUCAAAGGAGUAAACUUUUGACAAAUGUUGUCAGACUGGGAUUUAAUAGGAAAAGUAAAUUGAUGGAGGGAAAGCAUUAUGUUGUAGCUUUCUAAUAAGACGGAGGCAAGACUAACUUAAAAUUAAGUAAGGAAGGGUUUUGGAGCAAAAUGUCGGUCAAAGGCUUCGCUUUAUACAGCAGCUUUAGUGAAAAGUAAGUUUGCUACAUAUUUAAAAGAUUAGUUUUUGUUACUAUGGGUUUAGGUAUGACACUUUUUAGAUUUUUUUUUCAAUUUUCACAUUGUAGUUAAAGGCUUUUAUUUAGUUUAACAAAUAUCGCAAGGUAGGGAGUGGCAUUUGGAAGGUGUUUUGCUAAUAAUUUGGGAUUCUGUUUGAAGUUGCAUUUCAAGAGCACUUUUUCUUUAGUGAGGUGGAGAAAGGAUUGUGUGUAUGUGACGUUUUAUGCUGAUAUUUCAAAUGAUGCCAAACGUGAUAGGACUUUAAAACUAGACACCUUAUAUCAAAUUUAAAGCUUUUUUUGUUAUUCUUAGACUUCAUCAAUAAUGGUACAUUUUUGCAAAUGGUCUGUCAAAUGCGAUCAUCUUAAUUUAUUCCUGUUAACAUGUACCACUGUGAAAGGCUGUACGCCAUUCAGUGAUUUACACCGGGCGUGCAUCCUCCGUUUUCAGCGCUGGUUAUAGCGGACAUUCAUCACAUUCUGCUGUAGUAGAAGCAACGGCGUACAUUCACGUUUGGAAAAUGUUUCGAGAGUUUCGGCUUUGUGAAACGUCCAGACUAACAAGUUUGUGUUUGUCUAUAUUCCGUCUAAAAUCCCCAACUUGUAUGACUAAAGGGAAAUAAAAAUUGAAAAGGUAUUCAGUAGGUUUCUUUUCAUGCUGACCCCUGCAUAAUUAUUUCGAAAUGUUCUGUACAACCUGUGCGCUCACACGUAACCCUAUAAUGAUAAGGUGUAUGAGCCUCUUGUAAUCUGGUAUUUUGAACAUCAGCAGGUGCUUCCAAAAACGUGAAGAAAUUAGCAAGGCACAGAUUAUUUAAUGCACUUCAAGGUACAUCUUUUAUCUAAUAAAUGAACUGUUUAUUUCUUGAAUAUCCUGUGACAGAGGCGGCGGUUCUCUGAAUCAGAGGAAGUCCUUGUGUACAGGCUUGUGAUUAUACUUCACUUGACAUCAUUUGAGUUUAUUCUGAAAUGAUCCUCUUAUUGAGGCCUAGAAAAUGUUCAGCCCUCUAGGAUUUCAAUGGUAACAGCAUCACCCUGUCCUUUAUCUGCCAACUGGAGUUCAUUUUUAUACUUGCAGCUUUUUCACUUGAGUCAAAGGAGGCCAUGUUUUUGUGGCCUGUUGUGUGUGUGUAUAUACAGUACAGUGCAUUCAAACAGGAUCUCGUGAAGGACAGAGAAUGGACAUGCGUCUGCGAAAUGAAAUGGCUGGACUCAUUCAUUUGAGAGGAUGGAUAUUUUCCAAUUUGCCAUCUCCAUUUUUGCUUUCUCAAACUAUUUACCGGACUUCUUACAUUGUAGUAUAGCUGUGAAAGCUGAACAGUGUAUAAAGGAGCUGAAAUAUUUUAGACUUUCUGAGGAAGGUGGGGCCGAGGGAAAGAAUAUAAACACAAAGCAAAAAUUGCAGUUUGAUUUAUUUUUGUUUUUCCUACAUCUUGGAGCCCCUUUUAGUAAUAUUAGCAUGAUAGGACUAACCCACGGCUAAGGACUGUGAUAAAAACAAAACGGCCAAUUGUGAACCAUCCCCAUUUGUCCUAAACAAGUAACAGCAGUAGCAACCAAUGCUGAAGGCAGAAAUAAUGCGGAGACAUUUGGCCCAAACUGUUGGUUGUUUACAGCUAAGAACCAAUCACUUUUUUUUUUUUUUUUUUUUUUUUGUAUCAUUGCGAAAUAAACAAUGGCUAAUUUCUUUGUCUGCUGUCAGUCUGUUACUGAUUACUUGCCAAUGUAUGUUUCCUUAAAGGAAAAAAAUGUAAAAUAUUAAAUUGUGUCUUUGCGUGUAUACAUAUGUACAGUAUAUAUAAUCAGAUCAUUUUUGUAUUAUGAUUUGUGGUCAGUUGCACUGUUUUCCUUUUUUAGAGGUAAAUUCAACCUGUUUUACUGCAUAAAACUAUUAAGAUUUUUCGAGCAGACGAAUGCCGAUGUUUCAAGGUAAGAUAUACGAAUGUAAGGUUAGUCUCACUUUGGUUCAUUCAUUAACUUUUCCUGAUUAACUUCUGCCAAAGCGGGUUUUUAUGAUUGCUGUAUCAUGGAAAUCUGAGCACCUCAAAAAAAAGAAACCCUAGCAUGCAAAUAUUCAUAGGUCCAGGGUUUGAACCAAGGAUUUGUGUGUGUGUGUGUGUGCUAUUUGUUAUUCACUGGGCCAAGUUAAAGUGCAAUGUGUGAUUAUGUUCUGCGUACAGUAUGGAGAGCUCCAUUAAAACUCUUCUUCCCAGUGCCCCAAAGAAGAUCGUUAUGUAAUUACAUACCUGAAACACUGCAAUACCUAUCCUGACCAGAGGGUGGCACUAACAUGCCGGUCUGAAGUUUGCGUUCCACCAUGUUCAAUGUUAAUAUUAGAGUUUGGUAUAAACUGGGGGCUGCAGAGUCCGUCCUAAACAGCCAUAGUAACUGUAGCUUUUCGUGUUUUUUUUUACCUCAAUUGCUUAAUUAGAAACAUGGCUUUUUACGGCUGGUUAGAGUUUUGUUCUGCCCUGUCAGGUCGUUCUUGUAUUGUAGAUAUUCUUCUUCCCAAGGAUAUCAUCUAAAGGAUUUGUAGCCACACAUCCUACUUAUCCAGAGCAGGAUUGGAGGGAUGCUGGAGCCCAUUCUAGCAAGCACUGGGCACAUGGCAGGAAUGGAUGGGACUGCCAGCUCAUCGCAGGGUGAACACACACACACACAGGAUUCAAAAUCUUAAUACAUGUUAUCCUUUGUGCUUAAAUACGAGAGAGAAAAUGUUUUUGUGUUUUUUGGACAAUGAAAAAUUAAUUGCAGGGUCUGUGUGCCUUAGCAUGACCAAUUCACGCUGUAACCCCUACCUUAACACUUACAUAUCAGGGCCGAUUUAGCAUUGUCUGUGCAUCUAACUGGCAUGACUCUGGACUGUGGGAGGAAACGCACAUCAAGAUGUUGAGACCUCGGGACUUGAACUCCAGUCUUCUUGGUGUGAGGCAGCAGUGCUGUCCAUCUACUGAAUUAGACCAUGGAAGUUGAAUAGAUCACUUGUUAUUCAGUGUAUCCUAAUCUGCUUAUCCAGAACAGGGUAGUGGGGCAGCUGAAGCCCCUUUAGGUGAGUUGGUGUGGUUAACUUAGUCCUUUAGGGGUCUGUCUGUGUGUGUGUCUCUGUGUGUGUGUGUGUUUGUUCGCCCUGCAAUGGACAAGCGUCCUGCCUGGAGCUCAUUCCUGCCUUGCACCCAGUGCUUGAUGGGAUAGGCUCCUGCUUGCUCUUGAUCCUGUUUUGGAGAAGUAGGUUUGCAAAAUGGAUUGAUGGAUGGGUGGUCUUUUUUUUUUUUUUUCCUUUCUGUGGUCUUGCUCCCUGAUGCUCUUUCUGUUUCUUUCUAGUAUACCUCCCAUGUAGAUCUCGUUUCUAAUGGCUGACUUGUGCACUUUGACAUCAACGCUGGGUAAGAGUGACCUGGAAGUCCUGUGAUGAAAUCCUGGCUUCUGUUCUCAAGCUGAACUUGCUGGGGUGGCCUGGCCUGGAGAAGUUGCCAGUUGUUUGAAAUCUUCUCUGCUUGUCGAUGACCUUUUGGACGGUGAAAUGGUGGACUUUUUCACGGCCUUCCCAGAUUCCUAG